UUACCAAACUGCUAUAAAAAUCGCUUCAGGGGGGAACUUCUGCAUGUGCUUGAUUCUACAAAGUUUGCAAGCGCAAAGCCCGUGUUGAAGCCAUGACGCUGGAUUUGGCUUCCUUGAGGAGCGUCCGAGAGUUUGCAGAGCUCUUCAAAGCCAGGAAACUGCCGUUGCACAUCCUAGUGUGUAAUGCAGCGGUUUGCACGCAGCCCUGGAAUCUAACGGAGGACGGGCUGGAAACCACCUUUCAGAUCUGUCAUCUUGGCCAUUUCUACUUGGUUGAGCUCCUGCAGGACGUCCUGCGGCACUCCGCUCCGGCUCGUGUGGUGGUGGUUUCCUCAGAGUCUCACAGGUUCACAGAUCUGGUGGACUCAUGUGGGAAGGUGGAGCUGAAUCUGCUUUCACCUCCACAGAAGGAGUACUGGUCAAUGCUAGCCUACAACCGUGCCAAACUCUGCAACAUCCUCUUCUCCAGCGAGCUGCACCGCCGCAUGUCGCCCCACGGCGUCACCUGUAACGCACUGCAUCCUGGGAACAUGAUGUACACCUCUAUCCACCGCAGCUGGUGGCUCAUGACCCUGCUCUUCACCUUUGCACGACCCUUCACCAAGUCUAUGCAACAGGGAGCGGCCACUACAGUCUACUGCGCCGUGGCUCCAGAGCUGGAGGGUAUCGGAGGGAUGUACUUCAACAACUGCUUCCGUUGCUUGCCUUCUCUGCAGGCCCAGGACCCCACGGCAGCCGUCAGCCUGUGGGAACUCAGCGAGAGGCUCAUCCAGGAGAGAUCCACCCCCCCUCAGGUGCUCUGACCCCUCCUGGCCCCGUGAUCCCAGUAGGGUCACCUACAUGAAUGUCACAGCUACAUGGAGGAUUCAGGCAUAAGAUAAUCAUUGUUUAAAGGGGCAAAAAAGAUGAGAAGAUGCAAUUCUAAACUGUACAAGGACGUUGGCAAUCAAGCUUGGAAGUUAUCUGGGAAUCGUGAACUAGAACCACACAGACUGGGACUUCUGCAGCAGAUAAAGAGAUGCAGAGAGACAGCGAGAGAUGCAAUUCAAUUGUGUUUCUCUCGUUCUCAAAGGCGUAGUCACUCAAUCCGGCAUUAGGGUUUAACUAGGUCUAGAUCACUCUAUAAAUGUCUCCUUAACAAGCAAUAACAUUUGAGUUGUCUUUAGAGGGGGUCUAUAUGGUUUAAAUGGAUGUGUACAGAAUACAAAUACUCUGAGAUCAAUGUCAACCUUUACGUCUGUACAGAUAAAAAUGUUGAAUAAAUGUUGUAACGGCGUAACCGACAAAGACAAUGCAGGAAAUGUACAAUUUGUGAACUAUUUACAAACAUGGUGUCUUCACAUUGCUAAGAAUAAG